AAGACUCGCCGCUGCCAUGGUAACGGCAGACGCUGCGCUGGAGCUCGGCUCCCCGGGGACCGCAGCAGCCGUUGGAGACCGCCAGGUGAGCAGUAGAUAUGGAUCUAGACAGCGUUUCCUCAUUCUCUUCUCUGCAAGCUCUUGCUAAACUGCUUGCUGACCCUCAGGAAGAAGACAGUGAUGACAGUGACUUCGGGUCACAUUCUUCUUCUGUUAGCACUGUGGGUCCCGGAAAUAUCGGACCAGCAAAGAAAGCAGAGCCCACAGUCACCCCUGAUGUGAAGUCUGGAAAUCGUAAAGAUAUCUGGAAUACAGAGGAGGUGCCAGAAGGAUCAGAGUUUGAUGAUAUCUGGGAUCCAAGGGAACAGCCAGAGUAUGAGAUUUUAUUCAAGCAGCAGGUAGGAGCAGAGGACAUCUUCCUGGGGAUGAGCAGAAAGAACCCUUCCACAGCCUGUUGCGAGGACAUGCUGAUUAAAAUCAAACUGCCAGAUACAAAGUCUUCAGACAUUACACUUGACAUCCAGGACAAGAUUCUUGACCUUCGAACCCCAAAAAAGAAGCUGCUACUGCAUCUCCCCCACCCUGUGGACAGCAAGAAUGGCAAAGCUUCUUUCAUUUCAGAAAAGGAGACCCUGGAAGUCACCUUGAGGAUGAAAAGAGAGUUUGACUUCAUCAAUUUUGCCUAAGAGAAAAUGGGGAAUGUUUUCAAACAGUGAUCUAUAUGGCUACCUGAUUGAUAGCCAAACGUUGGCCUAUUCCCCUUGGGAAUGGUUCGGGAAGGAUAGAUCCUUCCACUGCAGCUCCUAGUUGUGCAGUUAGGCAGUGUGAUGAACCACCCCAUAUGUCUAUUGGAGGUGAAUAGGAAUCAGAGGUGUCUCUGAGCAAGUAUAGUAUAGUAUUUCUAUCUUUGUGCAAUUCUAUCUCUGAGCUUGGGAUCCCAGCCUUACCACACAAAUUCUCCGAACUCCUGAAUUUUCUCUGAACUCAUCUUUGUGAGUGAGUGUGACCCAGAACACUAGGUGUAAUGGCCAAUGGAACAGGACUGCGAGACACCUUUUCUGCCUCUUAGAUAAAAUCCUGCAGAGAUCAUGGAUGGAGAUGAUCCCAUCUUUAGCCUCUCAUGGAACUCUACUGUUUGUUGUGUGGGGUUCCCAGGUUAAGCUUGAUCUUCCCAGUUAGAUAGUACUCAUCAUUCUAUAUCUCAGAAAGAAGAUGCCCGGGAGUAUGUGUUUUGGAAUAGAAGCCAUGGAUCUGAUCCAAAACCCAUUGAAGUCAAUGGAAACACUCCUAUUGACUUCACUGAGCUUUGGAUUAGGUCUUAGAUGGUAGUGCAUCACUUGGUCCAGAGGGCAGGACCAAGACCAGACAUAUAUAUUUGGUUUGAAUGAUUUGUCACUGGGUUGCUGCUGUUAAUGUGAUGCUGUAGUCUACACUUCAUGAAUAAUUAAAAUGUUACUCCUACUCUAACUAAAA